ACAGAACACACAUAUUAUGCACACAAAAACUUUUAUUUUGGAUGCGAUUAAUCGUUUGACAGCACUAUUUUUAAUUAAAUGAUACUCUAAAUAUGAGACUAAAACUGCCUGUAGGGGGCAGAAAAUGUCUUGAUGAACAAAGCAUUAAUUCAUGCAUUUAUUUAUUCAUUCAUUAGACAGUAUGCAAAAAUGGCAUGCUGGUGUUGUGCACAGUGUGUCUCGAUUUGCUAAUUCCCCUCUAGCAUUAUGAUUUAAUAUUUUGUGGUGUCAGUGAAGAAACAUUUCUAGGAAAGUGUCAUGUAUUUUAUCGGUGUCUCACGCGGAUGGAACAUCAGUGUAGUUGCUCUCUUCUGUAUCUAUCUGUAUUUUUAGGCUCUAAUGUCAGUGUUAUCUGUAUGCACCAAGGGUCUGAGAGUAACGCAAUUUCAAUUCUCUGUAUGUAUGUACUGUACAUGUGGAAGAACUGACAAUAAAGCAGACUUGACUUGACUCCUGAACAGCAGGCGGAGUCGUUUCCCUCGACGCUGCUUCGGGUUUCCUCUCUGUCUCGUGACUCCUUUUGUUUCUGUCUCGUGACUUCAGUCACUUAUGCUGAAAAUGUUUCGACACUUUCUGGCUCUGCAGCAGGUUUCCAGACGGCAGAUCUCCAGCACCGUCCGCAGACAGCUGGACAACAAUGUGCCGGACAAACAGAAACUCUUUCAGGAGGCCAAUGGGAUUCCAGUUCAUCUGAAGGGAGGAGUCGGUGACGCUGUUCUUUACCGUGCAACUAUGGGUCUCACAGUACUAGGAACUGCAUAUGUCAUAUAUGAACUAGUAAAGGCAGCUCUCCCUCAGAAGAAGGACUGAUGCCAGCUGCUGUCCUCAUUUCUGUGGAAAUGUGAUGUUAUGAGCGUUUCACACAAUAUAUUUAUUCCUUAAUUUGGAAGGUAAAAGGGACCAAAUUGAUUUGAAUAAAAAAAAAAAUUGUGCCUGUCAUUAACAGACAAAUCCUGAUUGUUGCACUUUAUACAAUAAAAAUUAAAAGACACCCCACCAAAUUAAAAGGAAAUUAAAAAUUGCAUAAAGAAAAUUAUUUUAGGAGUGUUAGGAUUUUUCCAUUGCACAUUUAUUGUCUUUAUGCAAAUUGUAUAUUUUUUUUCCUUUAAAAGACCACAAAAUCAAAAAAAAAAAAUCUAUAUUUUGCAUAAAGAAAAUUAAUGCACAGUGCAUCCUAAAGUAAUAAUAUUCUGUAUGCAAAACUUUUUAUUUUUUUUUAUGAGAUUUCUAAGAUGAUUUUUUCAUAAGCUUCGUCUUUAAUUCUGGUUAUUGAUGUGGUUUAGUUGUUUGUCUUUUGAUUUUAAGCCUCUGCUGUGAAUAAUAUUUUAAUUAUGUGAUAAUAGUCUUCCCAUAAAGAACAACUUAACUGUGUUUUUCCUUCUAAAAGUGUACAUAAUGUUUGAAGUUAAGUGUUAAUUGAUGAGGGAUGUUUGUGAUGUUUUUGAUGCUAUCUGUUUCUGUGGUGUCUUUAACGGUUCCCAAGAAACAAACAGCAAUGUGCACUUUCUUUUUGUACUUCAAAACAAUGUGUUUUCAAGGCAUAUGAAAUAGUUUCCAAAUGCGUGCGUAUACAUCAGAGAAAGGUUUAGAGUCAAAGGAACGAUUGAUCAUUUGAGCUCAGUGAAGCCUGUCUCAACAUUGGUGGUCUAUACUGUUGAGUUCAUAUGGAAAUUUAUCCCAUGCAUUAUGAACAAUAUGCCCUUUAUGCCCUGAUAAAUAUGUCUCAGCUCAUUGCAGAAGUUGGAAAAGGCAUACAGAUAAUUGCAUGCUAAUAUAUAAAACUAUAAAGCACAGGAUCAUUAAUUUCGCAAGCAAUCUAUGAAUACAUUUGUUAGCUGUUCCUCUCUAACAAUGAGAAUUAUGAGAUGAUCAAAUUAAAAACAGUCCUGAACUCAGCUGAAAAAAAUUAAUAAACUUAAUGAUCAAAAAUCAAACUCUACCCAGACUCCCAGUUGGCACCCAUGUGUUUCUAAAUGGCUAAAUAUUUAUUCAUCAGAUGGGUAACAGAUGGAUAAACUCUUCUUUUAUAACUUAAUAAUUA